GGAGUUGCUGUUUAUCCGUUUUGCGCAGUCUUCUUGCUCAUCCGGCAACCCUGACAAGUUUCUUUCUAGCACCUACCGGUUGUUUGCGGUACUAGGUUUUCAGUCCUUCCUACAUCGACAGUUCUCCUCUGAUAAAGCGGAAAAUGGUGGAGAAAAAGACCGAGAAAAAGGUGGCCAAAGUUGCCAAAGUGGCCAGUGACAAGCCAGAGAAGAAGACCGUGAAGAAAGCGGAGAAGAAACCCGCAGAGAAGGCUACCGAGAAGGUUGAUGCCGCUAAAGUAGUUAAGAAGCGAAAGGUUAAGGUUACCAAACGACCCUUCUCCAGGCUCUAUGCUAAGGCCAUCUUCACUGGCUACAAACGUGGUUUGAGGAACCAGCAUGAAAACACAGCACUCCUCGACAUUGAGGGAUGCAAAAAGAAGGAAGAUGCCUGGUACUAUGUUGGCAAGAAGUGUGCCUAUGUCUACAAGGCCAAGCGCUUCCGAGCAUCCCUUGGUGACAAAUCCAAGAAAUCCAAGAUCCGCGCUAUCUGGGGUAAGGUUACCCGACCUCAUGGAGGUGCAGGAGCUGUCAGAGCGAUAUUCAAGUCCAACCUCCCCGCUGUCGCCAUGGGCCACCGUGUUCGCAUUAUGAUGUACCCGUCUAACAUCUAAGUGUGGGUCAUUGUUCGCAUGGCGCUGUAAUAAACUGCUCCGUGAAAAAAAA